AGGCGACAGCCGAGGGCGCAGCCACAGCCUCAGCCGCCUCUGAGCGGCAGGAGGGAGCUGCGGUCGCUGCGCACCCGCCGGCCAGUUUCCCGAGACCCGGCUUCUCUCCGCGGGGCGGAGAUCUUCCUCCGCACCCCGCUGGGUACCCCUCGCCCAAACCUCUCGGGAAGACAUGGAAGAAUUUUUGCAACGCGCCAAAUCUAAACUGAAUCGAAGCAAACGCCUGGAGAAGGUCCAUGUGGUUAUUGGACAUAAAUCGUGUGACUUGGAUUCUCUCAUUUCUGCCUUCACAUACGCUUACUUUCUAGACAAGGUCAGCCCACCCGGAGUUCUCUGUUUGCCAGUACUGAACAUACCAAGAACUGAAUUCAAUUACUUCGCCGAGACACGGUUUAUUUUAGAAGAGCUAAAUAUCUCUGAAUCAUUCCACAUAUUCCGAGAUGAAAUUAAUCUGCAUCAGCUAAAUGAUGAAGGGAAGUUAUCUAUAACACUUGUUGGCAGCAAUGUGCUGGCAAGUGAGGACAACAGUUUAGAAUCAGCGGUUGUCAAAGUCAUUAAUCCAGUGGAGCAAAGCGAUGGUGGGCUUGAGUUCGGAGAGUCUUCCUCUUCCCUUGUGGUGAAAGAGAUUCUCCAGGAGGCUCCUGAGCUCAUCACUGAGCAGCUGGCUCAUCUCCUCAGAGGUAGUAUCCUUUUCAAGUGGAUGACCAUGGAAUCCGAGAAUAUCUCAGAGAAGCAAGAAGAAAUUCUCUCUAUCUUGGAAGAGAAAUUUCCUAGCUUGCCUCCAAGAGAAGACAUUAUCAACGUCCUACAAGAGACCCAAUUCAGUGCUCAGGGUUUAAGUAUUGAACAGAUGAUGCUGAAAGAUCUAAAGGAACUGUCAGAUGGAGAAAUAAAAGUGGCCAUUAGUACUGUGAGCAUGACCCUCGAGAACUGUAUGUUUCACAGCAAUAUCAGCAGUGGCUUGAAAGCAUUUGCAGACAAAUUCGGUUUUGAUGUUCUCAUCCUCCUGGCCAGCUACCUGUCGGAGGAAGAGCAGCCCCGACGGCAGAUCGCUGUGUACUCUCAGAACCUCGAGUUGUGCAGUCAGAUUUGCUGUGAAUUGGAAGAAUGCCAGCACCCUUGCCUAGAGCUGGAGCCCUUUGAAUGUGGCUGUGAUGAGAUCCUGGUGUACCAGCAGGAGAACCCUCUGGUGACCUGUGAUCAAGUGGUUCUUCUUGUCAAGGAAGUCAUCAAUAGGAGGUGUCCAGAGAUGGUCUCCAACAGCCGGACGUCCUCAACAGAAGCCGUGGCAGGCAGUGCCCCGCUGUCUCAGGGAUCUUCUGGGAUUAUGGAGUUGUAUGGUUCUGACGUAGAGCCACAGCCCAGCUCUGUGAAUUUCAUAGAAAACCCUCCAGAUCUGAGCGAUUCUAACCAGGCUCAGGUGGAUAUGAACGUAGACCUUGUCAGCCCAGAUAGCGGGUUGGCCACUAUUAGGAGCAGCCGUUCAUCCAAGGAGAGUUCAGUUUUCCUCAGUGAUGACAGUCCAGUAGGAGAAGGUGCAGGGCCUCACCACAGCCUCCUCCCAGGGUUUGACUCCUAUAGUCCCAUCCCUGAAGGAGCAGUAGCAGAAGAACAUGCCCGGUCAGGAGAACACAGUGAAUCCUUUGACCUCUUCAACUUUGAUCAAGCCCCCAUGGUUUCUGGGCAAUCUCAACCAUCUUCCCAUUCUGCAGACUACUCACCUGCAGAUGACUUCUUCCCCAAUAGUGAUUCAUCAGAAGGACAACCCCCUACGAGGCCUAAAGAAAUCAAUGGGAUAGGGAUGGACUUGUCUAAUUACUCACCCAGUUCGCUUUUGUCAGGAGCUGGCAAAGAUAACCUUGUGGAAUUUGAUGAAGAGUUUGGUCAGAGACAAGAAAGUCCCCAGAAUCACUCUGAAAGAAAUUUGAGCCUGACAGGUUUUGUGGGAGAGAAAUCUCCUUCACCAGAGAGGCUAAAAAAUAUUGGAAAGAGGGUCCCACCAACACCUAUGAAUAGCUUUGUAGAAAGCUCACCAUCUACCGAAGAACCAGCUCUACUCUAUCCAGAAAAUGUGACCCCCAAAGCAGUAGAUGCAGGUCACAUAGGGCCACCUCAGACCCGUGCAAGGUGCAGCAGCUGGUGGGGUGGUUUGGAAAUUGACUCUAAAAAUAUUGUAGAUGCAUGGAGUUCCAGCGAACAGGAGUCUGUCUUCCAGAGCCCCGAGUCAUGGAAAGAUCAUAAGCCAAGCCCAGUUGAUCGGAGAGCCUCCGAUUCUAUAUUUCAACCAAAGAGUCUUGAAUUCCCAAAGUCAAGUCCUUGGGAGUCUGAAUUUGGUCAGCCAGGGCUUGACAGCAAUAAUAUUCAAGACCAAAAUGAGGACAAUUUGCAGUUUCAGAAUGUGCCCACAGAGAAAUCAAAUUUGCCAAAUUCUCCUCAGGGAACGAAUCACCUGAUAGAAGACUUUGCUGCCUUGUGGCAUUCUGAUCGUUCUCCCACAGCGAUGCCAGAACCAUGGGGAAACCCCACAGAAGACGGUACUCCAGCUUCUACGGUGUCAUUCCCAGCCUGGAGUGCAUUUGGUAAAGAAGAUAGCACCAAAGCUUUGACAAAUACCUGGAAUCUGCACCCAACGAGUGGUGAGACACCUUCUGUGAGGGACCCAAGUGAGUGGGCCAUGGCAAAAAGUGGGUUUUCUUUUCCUUCAGAAGACAAUUCACCCAGUGAGGGAAAUAAUGAAGUAGCUCCAGAAAUCUGGGGCAGGAAGAACCACGACCCCAGGGAUAGCAUCCUUAUAUCUGGCAACCCCACCUCUGAUCUGGAUCAUGCGUGGAAUAGUUCUAAGCCAUCACAGGAAGAUCAGAAUGGUUUAGUGGAUCCAAACAUUAGGGGCAAGGUGUAUGAAAAGGUCGAUUCCUGGAACCUUUUUGAGGAGGGUAUCAAGAAAGGAGGGUCAGACGUCCUGGCACCUUGGGAAGAUUCCUUCUUAUAUAAAUGUUCCGAUUACAGUGCAUCCAACAUGGGGGAAGAUUCGGUGCCUUCCCCCUUAGAUACCAACUACUCCACGUCUGACUCUUACACUUCGCCAACAUUUGCUGGAGACGAAAAAGAAACAGAAAACAAGCCAUUUGCUGAAGAGGGAGGCUUGGAGUCAAAAGAUGCUAACUCUGCCACAGGGGAGACUGAGAUGCCUCCUCAGUCACCGCAGCAGCCAGCUAGAAAUCGAAUUGGCUCAGAUCCUGGGAACCUAGAAAUGUGGGGUUCCCCUGAUACAGAAAAUAAUCCUCAAAUAAAUGUCACUCAUAACUUGGAUAAAGAUUUACUCGAGACAGAGCCCAUAGAUGAUAAGAAUAUCUCCCUGGAGGAUGACAUCGGGGAAAGCAGCCUGUCCAGUUACGACGACCCCAGCAUGAUGCAGCUGUACAACGAAACCAACCGGCAGCUCACGCUUCUGCAUAGCAGCACCAACUCUCGCCAGGCGGUCCCUGACAGUCUCGACCUGUGGAACAGGGUGAUUCUGGAGGACACGCAGUCCACUGCGACCAUCUCCGAUGUGGACAAUGAUUUGGACUGGGAUGACUGCAGUGCAGGUGUGGCGAUCUCCAGCGAAGGUCAAGCACAAGGAUACAUGGCUCAAGGUACCGAACCCGAAACCCGAUUUUCAGUGAGACAGCUGGAACCAUGGGGUGUGGAGUAUCAGGAAGCAAGUCAGGCAGAUUGGGAACUCCCUGCCUCUUCUGAGCAUAUCAAGGACCCUCCUGCCAACGAGUAUCACACCCUGAAUGAAAAAAGUGGGCAGCUAAUUGCGAAUAAUAUUUGGGAUUCCGUCAUGAGGGAUAAUGACAUGUCUUCGUUAAUGUUAUCAGGCCAAUCAUAUGUUACAGAUUCUGAACAACACACGUCACUUCCUGAAACUCCCAGCUCAUCGGAAAAAAUUAAGGACAGUUAUAUCCCAGAGGUGCUAGAAGCCUCUGAAGCCAAUGAGUCAGGAGCACUUGAUCCUGAUAAGCAGGAGAUGGGCAGAGGAACCCCACCAAAUGAUGCAGUGUCCUUGGCAACCAACCUCAAGAAUCCAGGGCAUUUUGCACCCUCAGAUCCAUGGAAAGGUCCUAGCUACGGACAGAGUGAAAGUGAGGGAAAAGCUCAUGGAGCUGCUGCUAGGGAGUGUCUCAGUGAGGAGAUGCUAGAUAGAGCCUCGGGGAUUCCUGAAAAAGGGCAAAGUGACCAGGAAUGCUCUUCCCCAAUUUCAUCUCAACAUCAAGACAUCUGCGAUGAAUCAGGCAAAAUCAUCUCUCUUUCAGACACUUCCAGUCCUCAGACUGAGAAACCGCAGGAGGUUUCAGAGCAUAAGAAAGGGUCUUACAAUCCAGAUCCCUGUGAUGUGCACACAGAGAUGUCCACAAACAACCCACAGGCCAAAGAGAUCUGCAAAAAGCACCUCAUGUAUCACGGCAAUUCAGGUGAAACCACUGAAAUUUCAGAUAGCUUCAAUUUAACCAGAAAUUUAUCUUUACCUGAAAUGGAUCUUGAGAAAACUGAAGAAUGUAAUAUUCUGGAGCCAGGGAGCUUGAACCAAGAGCCACCCCAUGAGUGUCCCCAAAGCCUUGACAUUUGGGAUGGCUCUAUAGACAGUGACUUGCAGGUCAAUUUGCCAAGUUCUGAGAUACCUAAGAAUCUUGAAGUUAAGAGUACUGAAAACAGCACUCCAGGAGCUAAUCUAUCAGGAAAUUAUCACAGAGAUAGUAUUUCCAGUGAGUAUUCACAUUCGAGUGCAUCGAGUCCUGGCCUAAAUGAUUCUUCAUCUGCAUUGCCUUCCUGGGACCAGGGACCCAAUGUGGGGCACCAGAAACAGAAUCAGGAUGAUUGGAGCAAACAGAAUCACCAAGAAUCUGCACUAAUUACUACUGACAGCCAAGUGGGAGUAAUGACUGAAAUGAAGGAUGUGGAGAAAAACAGAAUAGACAGGUUGGAAAAGAAUUUAGAUCACAAGCUUCCUAAAUUUUUAGAGAUUUGGAAUGACUCAGUAGAUGGUGAUUCCUUUUCCUCGUUAUCCAGCCCUGAAACAGGCAAAUGUUCUGAAUAUUCAGAUGCAUAUCAAGAAAGAAAUCUAGUGGUUAGUCAGCAGGAGAAAAACGAGCAAGACAUUUCUAAAACUCUGCAGCCAGAGGAUGCCAGGUUCAUGUCAACAAGCUCAGGUUCUGAUGAUGAGAGCAUAGACGAUGAAGAGUCAGUGGACAAGGAGAUCCAUUUGGGCAUAUGCCAAGCUGUUCAGAAUGAAACCAGGGCUUGGGAUUCACUGAAUGAACCUAGUAAGUUCCUGGCCACAGCUGAUCCCAACUCUGAUGAAUUUUCUACCUAUGGAGGUGGUUCAGAACCAACAGAGAAUAAAUCCACCCCGCUCUGUGAGAAUCAACAAAGCAGCCCUGAUCACUGGAAUUUCUCACCACUAAAGGAGACUGAACUCCAGAUUACAGAAGUGGAUAAGGAGACGAGAUCUCCAGAAACAGGGAAGACAGGAGAUAUCCUGUGGCAGAUCUCUCCCCUAAGUGAAUCAAAGAAUGAGAAUCCUUCUAAAUUGGAAAUGCUUGGCUUCUCAGCCGAGAGCACUGAGUGGUGGAAUGCCUCUCUACAAGGAGGGCGACCUAUUGAGAGUGCAUUUGAGAGGGAAUUACCUAGCUCAGGUAGUGUGUUAGAGAUGAGUUCUUCAGUAUGCCAAACCAUGGGUCCCUGGGGAGUACCCAUUCAGGGUGAUAGUGAACCCGUGGAAUCACAAGGUACCAGUCCUUUCACUGAGGAACAUCAAUCACCCUUUCUGGAUGGCAAUGACAAGAACUCCCAUGAGCAACUUUGGAACAUUCAACCAAGGCAGCCAGACCCAGAAGCUGAUCAGCUUAGCCAGCUUGUAAUAUUGGACCACGUUAAAGAAAAGGAUUCUGGAGAGGAAACCUUCCUGUCCUCUGCUGGUCAAGAACUGACUUCUGAAACACCAACCCAGGAGCAGCAGUGUCAGAACACUGUGAUGUCUAUCUGGGAUCAGUCAGGCCCAACAUUUACUCACACAGAUGAAAAUGGUUGUGUUAUAGCUAAUGUUUCGACUGUUGAGUGUCAAGAAACAAAGUGGUGGAAAGAAGGAAAAUCAUAUCCCGGUGAAAUAAUGAAUUCAAGCGUUGCCUCAGAAGAUUUCCCCACUGUCAAUUCUCCGACUCAGUUGAUAAAGAAGUCAGACUCCGAAUGGGAUGUCUCUACCCCUAGUGAGGGCCCCCAAGGCACAUUUAUUCCAGAUAUUUUACAUGGCAACUUCCAAGAGGGUGGGCAACUGGCCUCAGCUUCGCCUGAUUUGUGGAUGGAUGCUAAGCAGCCCUUCAGUGUGAAAGCAGAUGGUGAGAAUCCAGAUAUACUGACUCACUGUGACCAUGACAGCUAUUCUCAGGCUUCCAACAGCCCUGAUAUAUGUCACGAUUAUGAAGCCAAGCAAGAGACUGAGCAGCACAUCAGGGCUCGAGUAGGACCUAAAGGGGAAGCCAGUGAGUUAUAUGUCACUGAGCCAGAGAUGGAUGAAGAACCCAAUCAGGAGCCUGGGCAGGAAUUUGUCCCAUGUAAUUCAGAACUAUCUUCUGAAGAUGUGGUUCCACUGCCUCCAAUCAGGGAUCAAGCGAACACAAGUGACUCAUCUCAGUUGGCCUCUCACAAAUCUUCCUCUGAACCUUCUGAAAUAAAUGGUGGGAAUGAUACAGGUUUCAAAGCAUCAGAGAAAGGAGCUGCCCCAGAUGCAGCACCAACUCUGCAACUUGUGGACAGAACAAUCCCAACAGUUGAAAACGUGGGAACCAGCAUUUUUGUAACUCCUCAAGAGCCAACUACGGACAGCAACAGCUCUCUGAUGUCGGAGGACUUUUCUCCUAAAAGCCAGACAGAUGCAGGAGCCUUGUUGGACCAUGUUACUACUGAGAAUCCUGCCACUGGCCCUGAUGCCUUGCUAGCCUCAGAUACUUGUCUGGAUGUAAGCGAAGCUGGCUUUGACCACAGUCUCAGCGAUGCCUCAGGUCUUAACACAUCCACAGGAACAAUAGAUGACAUGAGUAAAUUGACAUUAUCAGAGGGCAACCCUGAAACACCAGUUGAUGGGGAUGCAGGGAAGCAAGAUAUCUGUUCAUCUGAAGCCUCGUGGGGUGAUUUUGAAUAUGAUGUCAUGGGACAAAAUAUCGAUGAAGAAUUAAUGAAAGAGCCUGAACAUUUUCUCUACGGGGGUGAGCCUCCCCUGGAAGAAGAUGCUCUGAAGCAAUCGCUGGCACCUUACACUCCUCCCUUUGAUUUGUCCUAUCUCACAGAACCUACUCUUGAGGUCAAAACAACAGAGGGAGCUGGGUCUCCAGAGGAUGAGUCUUUGGGGAGUGAUGCAGCCGAGAUACUGCUUUCUGCCCUUCCUGAUCAGAGAAGCAAGGAAAAUCAUGCAGAGAUCCAAAACAGCCAGCCUGGGCAGCUGGUUGUGCUGCAUAUCCAUGAAGACUCUGAGCCCGUGUCUUUGCCUGCUGGAGUUGAGGCCAACCUUGAGUUGUCUCCAUCAAACAUUGACUGGGAAGUAGAAACAGACAACUCAGAUUCACCAGCAGGUGGAGACGUAGGACCACCAAAUGGUGUGAGCAAGGGACUGUCAGAGUUGGAAGAAGAAAAUGUAAUUCCUAUCAAAGCGCCUGAGCAGAGAACAGCAGAAUGCAGGGAAGAAAGGUACAAAGAGAAGAAUGAACAUCAUAUGGAUUACAUACUUGUAAGCCAUGGAGAAGAUUCAACCCCAAUGCCAGAGGCCAGUGAAGCCAGACAAAACACACCUGAAUUAGAAGAGUUUCACACAGGUUCUGAAGACACAGGGCUGCGAAGAACUCAGCUAGCAAGCUUCCCAGGUUCCUGUCAGCCUGCUUCCAUAAAUGAAAGAGAAGAUCAUUCUGUAGAGAAAAUGUCUCCCAAAGGGGAUAAGAGAUCAUCUCUCGGGAGCCCUGGGCAAGACCCGAGCUGGAUGGUCUUAGACCAUAUUGAGGUUGGUGAUCAGCCAUUGGAAGCUAGGAACUCGAGGCUUGGAUGCUCUGGCAAGGUCAUAGAACUGAUCUCUGAUUGUGGCUUGGGCAAGGGUCCCCAAAUGCAGGUUCUAGGAGGAGAGAAGCCUCUCGAAUCUUUAGCACUAGAAGAGGCCCCUGGUCUGGGCAGCCAGUCACAGAAGAGCAAGAGCCGAGGCAGAGCCACCCCAGACGCAGUUAUGUAUCAGGCUGUCACCCAUGACAAUGAAUGGGAAAUGCUUCCACCACACCCUUCUCAGAAAAACAAGAUCCAUGAAACGGAAAUGGAGGAGGAGACAGAGUUUCUUGAGCCCAAAACAAGGAAACUGAGACCGGACGGACUGCCAUCAGAGGAUGUAGGCAUGGACAUCUCCUUUGAGGAGGGAAUGCCAAGCCCCAGUGCUGCAGACAUGAGGCCCGAACCUCCUAAUUCUCUAGAUCUUAGUGAUGCUCAUCCUCGGAGAAUCAAACUCACAGCCCCAAAUAUCAAUCUUUCUCUGGACCAAAGUGAAGGAUCUGUUCUCUCUGAUGAUAACCUGGACAGUCCAGAUGAAAUUGAUAUCAAUGUGGAUGAACUCGAUACCCCUGAUGAAGCAGAUUCUUUUGAGUACACUGGGCAUGAAGUCUCCACAUCUAACAAAGAUUCUGGCCAAGAGUCAGAGUCUAUUCCGGAGUAUACAGCAGAAGAGGAGCGAGAGGACAACCGGUUGUGGAGAACUGUGGUGAUUGGAGAACAGGAACAGCGUAUUGACAUGAAGGUCAUCGAGCCCUACAGGAGAGUCAUUUCGCAUGGAGGAGAUUCAGGCUACUAUGGGGACGGCCUAAAUGCCAUCAUUGUGUUUGCUGCCUGUUUUCUGCCAGACAGCAGUCGGGCGGAUUACCACUAUGUCAUGGAAAAUCUUUUCCUAUAUGUAAUAAGUACUUUAGAGCUGAUGGUAGCUGAGGACUAUAUGAUUGUGUACUUGAACGGAGCAACCCCGAGACGGAAGAUGCCAGGGCUGGGCUGGAUGAAGAAAUGCUAUCAGAUGAUUGACAGACGGUUGCGAAAGAAUUUGAAAUCAUUCAUCAUUGUUCAUCCAUCUUGGUUCAUCAGGACAAUCCUUGCAGUGACACGACCUUUUAUAAGUUCAAAAUUCAGCAGUAAAAUUAAAUAUGUCAAUAGCUUAUCAGAACUCAGUGGGCUGAUCCCAAUGGAUUGUAUCCAUAUUCCAGAGAGCAUCAUCAAGUACGAUGAAGAGAGAUCUUAUAAGAGAAGUGUGAGACUGGAUGAAGAGCUGAGGGAAGCAUCAGAAGCAGCUAAAACUAGCUGCCUUUACAAUGAUCCAGAAAUGUCUUCCAUGGAGAAGGACAUUGACCUGAAGCUAAAAGGAAAGCCCUAGUUGGCCAAGUCGGAAGAAGAGGAUAUUUUUCUGCUUCGUGUUUCUGCUGAAGCGUAUCUACCUGGAAGAAACAGGGCUGAUAAUACUUUGUUUCCAUUUUGCACUACCUGGUGCCAUUCUAAAUUUCUAAGGGGAAAAACAGUAAGGGAAUUUGUUUACUCUUCACAUAUUUUAUGAAAUCGUGUGUAUUUUCCUAUUUUGCCAAUUACGUGCCUCAAAGAUUUUAGUUGAACCUUAGCAAGAAAAGAGGACCUUCCAUUUCAACGUUUUGUUAACCCUUGGUGCAGUGGUAUCUCAUCUCUUAGACUGGUGUUGACCAAUCAGAUACCUUCCAUCAACUAUUAAUCAUGAGUGGGUUCAUUUCCAAAGAUUAGCUGGAUUUCUCCUGGGUGAUUGCUUUAGAUUUAAAACACCCAGGGCUCAACACUCCCUAGGCAAGCUGUCCCCUGUGUAACUCUGCCUUUAAAACCCUAGGCUUUGCUUAGCACAGAUGUAAGCCAGACACAGGUGGGAAUCCACCAUCAGCUGAGCAUGCCCACUUCGCUCUUGUCCACGUGAAUUGUCUCUAACAUCUCAAAGAGAAGCCAGGUUUUCUAAAUCACAUCGGUUUUAUUUGUCACAUUAGGUGUCGCGUUUUCUGGGAAUUGGUCUUUCUAAAAAUCAUUAUUUCUCCAGUGAUUGUUGAAGACUUCCACGCUGAUAAAGUUAAGGAUCCAUGUUGGCAUUUUUUGGUAACUGUCUGCACUUUGCACUGUCAACUUAGUUCAAAAUGUUAAAUUUUAGGGGCCAAGGAUUCAAGUGUAAGGUGGUCCACUCAGAAAUUCAUUAUUUGGUAACCUUCAUUUUUCUAAAGCUCUCCCUCACAUGUGUUGUAAAAAGUAAUCUGCCUUCAAUCACUUUAACUUGAUCAGAGGUUUAAAAUUACAUAUGAGUGUGUACUAUCAUUUGCAAAAAUCUGUGUAGUCUUCAUAUGCCCUUUAAAAUUCCAACAUGAUUUCAAAUCUGUGGGCCUCUAGCAGAGUGGUUGGCAAAGCAAUGGCCAAAUUUAGCACACCACCUGUUUUCACAUGGCCUUCUCCUUAAGAAUGGCUUUCACAUUUGGUUCGAAAAAGAUUUUUUUAAUGUUUCACGACACACGGAAAUUAUUCAAAUCUCAGUAUCGGUAAAUAAAGUUUUGUUGAAACAUGGCCAUACACGUUGGUUUACAAACUCUCCGUGGCCACUUGUGCACAGCAACAGCAGAGGUGAACAAUUGCCAACAGACCACGUGGCCUACAAAGCCUAAAAUGUUUACUCUCUUUAUAGAGAAAGUUUGCUGGGCCCUGCCUCCUCCAGCGCACUCACUUUCCUCCCCUUUCCCAUUUGGAUUUGCAUGUUAGUUUCUGUAACAGAAUAUAUAAGUAAGCCUGCAAACCAAUCUAUUCUUUUAAAAGAAAAUUUUGACAUCCACAGUCAGUAAAGUAAAUAGCCUGCUAAAAAGACAUGUAGUCCUGGCCACAAAAGCGUGGCUCAGGGUUUGUUUACAUGACCUCAACUGAAGCUUGCUUAGGAGGCUUUUGGGCUGUUUACAGGUGUUGUCGAGGUCCUGAACUUACUUUGGGGACCAUUCUUAUUUCCUGGUAUCACCUGUUUCUAAUAAGCUAGCAACAGUAAAAAUGUAGUGGACACCAGGAUUUCACCAUAGGCGUAGGGUGGUAACCACAUCUUGGAGAGCUGCCUGGGGAACUUGGGUCCUGGGUGUUCUGAGCUUGAAACACCUUAAGGUAGACCUCUUUGUACAGGUGACUGAAUUUUGCUGACCUCAUUCACUUCCUGUCUCCCACUCACCUUCCAGAUAUGCUCUCAGACACCCAGGUCAGCGCCCUUUCCUCCAUCAGCCAUAGUUAACCAAGAUCCUCCUCUGUCCCUUUCAACCGAGCAUCUUGAUGAACUGUGUUCUUUUGGGUCCCCUCCCUCUUAAUAUCUGUUUUGUCCAACAGAUAAACCCUAGAUCAUACCCUCUCUCUCAGCCCAGCUCCACCUUUGGAAGCCCGAAUUAUGCCUCUCCCAGAGCUUAGUGUUGACAUAAGACCAGUGACCUAAUAUUCCGUUGGUUCACCCAUUGACCACUGUUGCUGUGGCACAGUUAUUAACAAUGCUCCCUUUUUGCUCAGCCGUGUCCCAUCUUGGAAAAUGAAUUAAAUGGUUCCCCCCAAGCCACAGGAAGGAAUGAAGAAAUCAGUGUUGUGUUUAGUUGGUGCAAGCCAGAGGACAUAGAGCUACUGAUAGAGAAAUCCUAUUAGAUUCAGCCGGAUACGGCAACAAUCUUGCCUUUCACAUUUCCCUUGAGCUUGUCUAGCCUGUUCACAGAAAACAACUCAGGUGGUGUCCGUUUGAAGCUUCAUCUUCAAUUUCAAUGGAAAUUAUGAGCCUUUCUCCCAGUCAUUGAUUUUGUUUGGGCUGUUCUGUGGGCUGCACAACCAUUCUGAUAGGCAUCUGCUAUUUUAUUAUCUUAAAAAGAUAAAUUAAUGUAACUGCACGUACUAGAGAAAAGCCACUAUGUAAAUUCAGUCCACGUAAAUAGAAUUCUAGAAGAAUCCUGAAAAAAUAAUCCCUCAGCAGAUAGGUAGACAGAUGUAAACAUUCACAUCAAUAGCUAUCUAGCUCUUGCAUUGUGAACAUUCUUGCUUUGGUUCUGACUUCUGGGGAUGCUUUUACACUUUUCCUGUAGGUUUGUAGUUAAGGGCACCAGGGGGUCCCGGGAUAAAGUCUUGUUUUGCCAAAGUGGCAGCCGCUCUUUGCUUAGCUCCAUUAAGAAAGACCACAAAUCUACAUAGAAGAUACCAUCAAGGAGUGAAAAGGUUUUUUUGAGGACAAUAGCGAGGUAUCGAAGAAAACCUGAAGUUCCUUAUUGAAGCCAUGCAAUGUUUUGUGGGGUUACCUUCUAAGAUACACAUGUGUGAAGAAGUCACUACUCUAAGCUUUUGUGUUAUUAAGAUGUCAUUUUAAGUAUUUGGUUAUGGCACUGCGUUCGCAACUCAUCUAGUCAUAAUGCCUCAGCAGUAGUUUGCUCCCUUAGAAACAUUUAGAUGUGCACAAACUAAUCUUUUAUAUAUUUAAAAGUUUUUCUACCAUGUAUUAGAUUGCUCAGAAUAAAGUAUCUAUUAGACUGUUUUGGUAAAUAAUUUCUCUCUAAAUAGCGUGGAUUAAUAAUAUAAAGAUAUGUAACAACACCAUAUAAAAUAUAUAUAUAUAGCCUCUCUGUUAUAAUUCAGAAAUAAAAAUUGAUUCCACAAGUCA